UGUCGUCGGUUUGCUCUCACGACCGCGACGCGAACGCCAGUGUAGUCUGUCUGGCGCAGUGCCUAUCAUCAUCUCGUCUGCCACAACGAUGAUGAUAUUACGGGAAAACAUCGAUAUAUCGUGCGGUCGUCGGUGGAAUUUUGCAAAAUAAAUCCGUAAAGGUGAUCCGUCGGAAAAGUGUUCUAUUUUCGCCCGUAGUGUUGUUGUUUGGGUUUAGCGAGAAAAAUGAAAAUUUGGUUUUUAUUUUUAGUCAUCAUCAGCUUGAUUGAACCUUUCUGAGGCGAAAAAAGCAGUUCGCUAUGACUCUUACGGAACUGGAGGGUUUCUGUAUCGCGCAUACGAUGAUAGUGACCGCGUGUUUGGUAGUGUUUGUGUGCUGAUGGUGGUUUUAUCCAACGACGACGUUGCGAAUUUAUGCGAAUUUUGGAGAGAGAGUUUUCCUUGCGGUGUUUAACAGUUGCUACGAAGAUUACAUCUAGAUGUCAUUAGGUGUUUACACUAGCGAGUCGGAUUGGUAAUUAACAACUUUGUUUGGUCAUAUGGCGAUCGUGAUAUCAGAUUUAUAAAGUGGUGUGCGCCUCGGUUUCAAGGAUCCAAGAUAGUGAAAUUUGUUUGCUGAACGAGUCAGAUAAGCGUGUGGUUGGUGACGAACGGACGUCGAUAUGGUGGAAUAUUGCCGCAACGAAAAGCGCUCCAAAGCGUGCAGAAGGUAGUUACGGGCGUACAACCGACGGCGACAACCGAGUGCACUGUGAAAUGACAUAAUUUUGAAAUCGAGCCAAUAUCGAUCGGCUGGCUGCUAGUUGACCGGUAGUGUGGCGUGGAGCGUGGGUGGGAGUGAGUGAGUGUGGUGUCAUCGGGCAAGAGUCGAGCCCCACAGACCGGAAGGUGGCUCGCGAGUGAGGAGAAAUGGUCUCCCUGUCGGAGUCAGAAUCGAAUGGGUGCGGAGGGGCGGCAGUACAGAGGAAAUCGAAAUUUUUGCCGCAAUUUGUGCGCCGGCUGGGCCUCGGGAGGAACAGAACGGUACCGAAAAAUGGGCUCGAGCCGGAAGAUGACGUGCUGCUGCGGAAGAAAAUAGUGUCAUUCGAAUGCAAUGGUUCGGUGAAUGUUGGUGAGGGCGAUGGGAGAGGUGGUGUGAGCAGUAGCAGUAGUGAUCGCCCGUGUAGUUUGCCAUUAUUGGUCCAAGUGGACGAUUCGAGACACGGGCUUGACGGGCGCGAAGAAAAAGCAAUAAGUUUAGGCAGUGAAACAGGUGCGCGUCGAACAUCGUCGAUUCUUAAGCCUAGUGUUUCCCAAAUCAUUGUGCUUGAUCCAGGGGCUCGCGAUGUGGGCGUUAGAGUCAGAACGGUUUCUCGUCAGACAGACGACUUUACCAACAGCUCCGGCAAUGAAUCUUCCUCGUCUCCGUUUCGACGGGGGUCGUCGUUUAGGCAGAGUUUCAAUUAUCUAUUCAAACGCAACAAACACAAACUGAAAGACCGUUCAUGCACCAGCGACAGCGAUUCCAAUGCCGUCCUGGAGCUGGAUGAAGAAGAACCGAACACCGCCAGCACUCCCAGCAAACCGUUCGAUGCUUUUCUGCCGGAAAAAGUGCCUAGUAAACGUGCCAGCACCGGGGACAUAUUCGACGACAUAGUGAUACAGCUGAAUGAGGACUUUGGAGUUAAAAAUAGAGCCAAGUGCCACAGACGGAUGCAUUCUGACUCGUUAUGCAUAGGGAAGGGCGUUGUUUCGUCAAACGCCACGCAAUGUGAUAGAUCUACGAAUAGCGUCGGCCUUGGAUUUCGUCCCGUGCCCAUUUCAACCACCAUAGAGCCACUAAGUUCCGAUGUGCAGUUACCCACCAGCAGUAGCCAACUGUCACGUAGUCCAAGUCACAACAAUUCCACUAAAAGUGAUCAAAAAUCUUUAAAAUCUCUAACGUCUUCUCCACUGUCGGUAUCACCAACCAUAAGGAGCUCCAGUCCGCAUCCGUCAAAAUCCAGCGCCAAAAAUGAUGCCAUCGAAAAGCCCGAGAAGCCAGAGAAGGAAAAAAAGAAAAAAGAGUACAACAGUUCGCGGCAGAAAAAGUUCUCCCGGCACUUCGUACAGGUGGAGGAUGAAAAGGUUUUGAAUUAUUUCUCCUGCGCAUUGGUUAGCGAUAUUCUUCUACAAGGCCAUCUUUACGUUACGCAAAAUUAUUUUGCGUUCUAUUCCAAUGUGUUUGGUUAUGUAACAAAGCUCUUGAUUCCCACGGUGUCAGUGAUAAAAAUCUCCAAAGAGAAGACAGCCAAAAUGUUCCCAACGGCGGUCGGCGUUACGACGUGCGAGGAUCGGCACGUGUUCGCCAGCUUCAUGAGCCGCGAGAGCGCCUACCGGCUAAUGUGCAGCGUGUGGCGUCCGGUUGCGCCGGUGGAGAUCGAAGAGCCUAUCGCACAGAAGGCGGACGUCGAGGCAUCCGAGUGCUCGGUGGAGGAUGACAGCAGCUGCUCAAUUAGUGGUAACGAAAGUUCUUCCCAAGUGAAAGAUAAAAAGUCUGACCUAGUUGAUUCGGGUGAUUCUACUAACGAUAAGAUUACGGUGAUUGAUGGCAUCAAGCGGUCCCUGGACGGUUCGAAAAAUAUAAAAACCGUCCAGAAGGAGAUCAUUAUCAAGGCACCGGCGGCGCUCAUAGCGUCCGCGGCAAUUUUGAAGACAUCAUCCGGCAACGCCACUCUUAGAGAGAAACCCAGCUUUAGUGAUAACCCCUAUCAAAGUAGCAGUACUAGCAGUAAUAGUAGUAAUAGUAGCGCUAACAAUAGCAUUCUAACAAGACUUAGAAAUAGGCUACAACAAAUCUUUCCCUCCGAUUUUGGUGUUAUACACGUAGGAAUAAUUUUAGCAAUAGUGUUAGCACUGUUCUCUUGUUUUCUCAUGUACAAAAUACACUACCUGCAGUCGCGGAUAUCCAACUUCAACAACUUCCGAUGGGGUGAUGAUGACAACAUGGAUGUCUACGCGGAAGUUCUCAAGUGGCAGAAGCAGAUGCAGGACAGAAGCACGGAGGAGGCUCAAAUAGUACUCAAUUCCAAUCUAGAGCAAAUUGCAAAGGUGCGCAAAAGUCUGGAAACUUUGUCAAUCCUUUUGCACGAUUCUACCAAGAAGUAUGGUAUAACAAUACCCAGCCCAAGUGGCACUGCCGGGGAGGUACCCGGUUCCAUGGACAGUUCUACCGUGCUGGACGCCGACUACGGUGCGUAGUGGCAAGCGAACAGACUCCGGCACACUAACGUCGUACUAGGAUGGGAAGGGCAAAUGUGAUGCAGUGUUGCGUGAGCAACAACGCUGCGAAGCGGGGGCUAUCUUUUAUCAUUAACUUAUUAUCGUGAUAUUUAGUUCCGUAAGUAUUUAUUCACAAAAAGGGAAGCUAUGUUUGCAUUUAAAGAAAAAAGUUAAUCGUGGAACAAAAGUGCGCAGGAUCGGUCACAGGAAGUAUAAUUAGUUAACCGACAGAUAAAAGACAGCUUAAUAUAAUAAUGAAUACUACACAAGUCAACAGAAUGUUUGGGGAAGCCAAGUUUCCCUCGCGAUUGUCGUUGGAAUUAGAGGUUAGUGUAAUUAUUCCUGUCCCAGCUAAGCUGGAUAUGCGUUAUCUCUUUUUGUUUUGUCAAUUUUUUUGGAAAAAAAAAUGCCUCUCAAGUUUCCAUUGAUUGGUAACGAUAUAAACUAGUCAAACGACGCAAAAAAAACGCAACAUUUGGACAUGGUCCAUUGGGUCAAUGAUAUAAGUUAGAACGAAUUUUGAAACAAAUUCACGCGAGAAAUGCUUCUAUUGAAAAAAAAAAAAUAGUUCAAAAUUUGGACAAGUUGGUCUUGACUUAUAAAAAUAAUGGCUUUGACAUCAGACUAUUAUUUGAACUUCAUUUGACACACUUUUUUUUGUUCUAAAGGGUGAUACGGUCAAAAUUUGGUCACACAAUUGGUUUCAUAACUUGAUACUGCGUACACCAAAACAGCUGAUUUUUGGACCAGUAAUGGUACAUUAUAUGUAGCUUAUACCAUAAAAUUUUCAUCAAAAUCGGUUUAGUAUGUGCGGAGAUAUUGUGAAUCCUGAAAACUGCAAUUUUAAAAUGUUGUACAAGGAGGAUUAAAAAAUAAGAACACAUUUUUACUCUUUUAUUUAUAGAGCCACAAAUACUAAACCAAUUUCAAUGAAAAUUUUUCUGUAUGUAAAGUAUACAUAUCAAAAUGUUGUGUAAAAAUUUCAUUCAAUUUGAUCCAGCCAUUACAAAGUUAUAUUUGUUUAGAUGGUCAAAUUUUGUCAAAUUUUGUCAAGUCAAGCCAAAUUUUGGUCACACAUUUUUUUUCAUAACUUUAGACUGCGUACACCAAAACAGCUGAUUUUUGGAUCAGUAAUGGUCCAUUAUAUGUAGCUUGUACCAUAAAAUUUUCAUCAAAAUCGGUCUAGUAUUUGCGGAGAUAUUGUUGAACCCUGAGAUCUGCAAUUUUAAUUUUUUUUUUCACAAAUAAGAACACAUUUUUACUGUUUUAUUAAUAGAGCCAGAAAUACUUAACCGAUUUCAAUGAAAAUUUUUCUGUAUGUGAAGUAUGCAUAUCAAAAUGUUGUGUAAAAAUUUCAUUCAGUUUGAUCGAGCCGUUACAAAGUUAUAUUUGCUUAAGUGGCACCCGGUCAGUUUUUUUCAUAUUCAAACUGCUGCAACUUUGAAAGUAUUCAUACAAAAUAGCUCAAAAUUUUACUGCGAACGUAUUUUCAUAAUAGUAUUAUACUGUAAAAUUUUGAUAAAAAUCGGAGCAGUAUUGGUUGUUCUAUAAUCAAAAGUGUGCUUUACUGACCUUAAAUUUCCGAAAAUUUACUAUGGAGCGCCUUUGUACAAAAUUUUAAAAAGGUAGGUCGAUGGUUUCAUCUAUAUAUCAACCAAUAAUUAAUCGAUUUUGAUGAAAAUUUUAUGGUAUAAGCUACAUAUAAUGUAGCAUUACUGGUCCAAAAAUUAGCUGUUUUGGUGUACGCAGUCUAAAGUUAUGAAAAAAAUUAUGUGACCAAAUUUUGACCGUAUCACCCUUUAAACCACCUAGUGACGCCAAAACUUUACUAGCAAAUGUCGGCAAUUACAUUAAUUAUAUAUGCUUUGUUGAACUUAUCAAACUUUGGUUAAAAAUGGCAACAUUCGGAAAAAAAUACUAAGAUUUACUGUGGCAUAGUUUAUUCAAUUUCUGAAUUUAAGUGUGUAGGCCUUAAUUACUGGAUAGCCAUCAGCAAAUAUCACUGUUACUUUGCGACUGCGUGUAAUUCACUGUUUGUCAAAACUGCUGCAUUUUUAUUAUUAUAUCAUUGUUGUGAUGAUCUUUUCCAACGUUAUUAAACAUAUGUUAUUUGUGAAGUAGGCUUCUAUUGUUUCUCAUUUUUUGUGUACAAUGCAGGCAUAAUAAAUAAUCGUAAAAGUUGAAACCUACUUGCUACUUCUUAAGCUACUUUUGUAGAAACUUGGCAGACACAGGACUCGUCGUCAUCGGUUCGAGGAACGGAACGCGAGGAAUUACUUGAAACUUUUUCGUGCAUGAAGAAAUAGGUACACACAUAUUGUCUGUGAUAAACGAAAUCCGGUGUGUGGGAGGCAGAUGGAAAAUCAGAACAUAUAACUAACCAAAAAACGGAAGCAAUUAACGAUUUUGUGAACGAAGAAAAUUUGAGUGACAGGAAAGCAACAGAUAACUUUAAUGUUUUUUUCUUAUUUUUUUUUGUUCGAGAUUCAAGUUUGGUUUGACCUAUUGUUAGAUAUUUUGUCCGGGCUGGAUAAGGUUUGUUUCCUGCUUAGGUUAUAAUGCAUUCAUUAGAAAUACAAAGGAAUGGACUUGAAUAGAAAUUGUA